GUCAUACGUUGUCUGGCUGUCAACAUCAGUGUGUAAACAGUUGACUGUAGGCGGCAGGACCGCGCACACGUCCCCUCACCGUGUGUCUCCACUGUGAAUGGGAUACAAAAAAAAAGAGGGGGCUCGCCUCGCGUGUUUGUCAGCCUCCUUCUAUAGCUCAGUGAGGACAGAGUCCGGAACAGAAGCCGUUCUCUGUGCUUUCACUUUGAGCCAGAGGAGGUGGAGGAGGACAGAGGCAGCAGCUGGUCGACGGUCAUGGCAGCUGCGACAGUGGUCGAGCCCGAUCCGGCGGCGAGCGAAGGCGGCGCCGAGUUCUCCGGCGUCCAGGACCGGGGCUGGGACGAGUCCCAGCUCCGUAAAUAUUCUUUCCCGACCAAACCCAUCCCCAGAAUGUCCCACACGGACCCACGGGCAGAGAUACUGAUCAAUAACGAGGAACCGGUGGUUUUGACGGACACAAACCUUGUGUAUCCAGCUCUUAAUUGGGACAUUGCAUACCUGCGGGAGAACAUUGGGAAUGGAGACUUCUCUGUUUACAUGGCAGAAAACCACAAGUUCCUCUAUUACGAUGAGAAGAAAAUGUCCAACUUUCAGGACUUUGUCCCCAAGUCAAGGCGUGUGGAAAUGAAAUUUGCAGAAUUUGUGGACAAAAUGCAUGAAACAGAGGAAAUCGGAGGAGAGGGAAGAGUAUAUCUGCAGCAGACGUUGAAUGACACUGUCGGGAAGAAGAUAGUUGUUGACUUCCUUGGUUUCAACUGGAACUGGAUCAACAAGCAGCAAGCCAAGAGAAACUGGGGGCAGCUGACAUCUAAUCUUCUGCUCAUAGGCAUGGAAGGCAACGUGACACCAGCACAUUAUGACGAGCAGCAGAACUUCUUUGCACAGAUCAAAGGGCACAAGAGAUGCAUCCUCUUCCAUCCAGAACAGUUUGAGUGUCUUUACCCGUACCCAGUGCAUCACCCCUGUGACAGACAGAGCCAAGUGGAUUUCGAUAACCCUGACUACACAAGGUUUCCUAAUUUUAGGAAUGUUGUCGGCUAUGAGGCAGUCGUGGGCCCAGGAGAUGUCCUUUACAUCCCUAUGUAUUGGUGGCAUCACAUUGAGUCACUGCUGAAUGGCGGCGUGACGAUCACAGUAAACUUCUGGUACAAAUUUGACUCCUGUGUUCAGGGCGCCCCCACACCCAGGAGGAUAGAGUACCCUCUGCGGGCUCAUCAGAAGGUGGCCAUCAUGAGAAACAUUGAGAAGAUGCUGGGAGAAGCACUUGGAGACCCUCGAGAAGUUGGACCUUUACUGAAAACGAUGAUCAAGGGCCGAUAUGACCACGGUCUCAGUUAGAGGCCCCACCUUUGAUCUGUUGACUGCUGCGGAAACUGCUGUGUGUGUGUGUGUGUAUGUGUGUGUGUGUGUGUGUGUGUGUGUGUAUGCGUGUGUUUGUGUGUGUGUGUGUGUAACACGCAUACUGACUGCAUGGCAAUAAGCGGCCAUCUUGAAACUGUUCUACUUCAGUUGUCUCAAGAGUGCCAUUGUCAUUACACAUACAACAAAUGUUGAAGAAAAGUCCGACUUAACUCAUGGGAAUUGGGAAUUGCGCUACUUGAAGUUUUUCUUUUUAUACAUAUAUAUAUAUAUAUAUACUGUAUAUAUAUAUGUGUGAUUCAGUGUUCUGUCAACAUGCUCAUAAUUCAAGCUCAAGGGUAUUUGGGUGCAUUUGCUCACCCAGACGCAAAAAAACCUUGCAUGAGAUCGGUACCUUUGGAGCAACCUCAAUACGUUGACCACUAAUUGAUAAAUCAGGGGGUAUGUACACACACAUAUAUUGUAGACAGUCGAUAUCAGCUCAUGCAGGUCAUUUCCUUUAUACACACAAACCCACAGCUGUGGCUUAAUUAGUAAUGCAGACUGAAUUUCCUCCGUCCUUAUCACACAGACCGCUUCAUGACUGGUGACAGAUCUGAGUGUCUUUUUAUUAUAUUUAUCUGCAUAAUCUGCUUUAUCAUGACACUGACUAAUAGCAGGUUUUCUGGGAGCGAUCAGCGGUGGUUACCUCACAAACGAGACAGACGAGGCACAGCAAUAAUUGACUGAGAUUUGGAAAAAAGAAAAAAGUAAUGUCAUUUAGUAAUGAAAUUUGAUUUUUAGAAGUGUGUGGGAGUGCAUAAAAGCAGGGCUUGAUAUUCAGCUGAAGGAAUAUGUAAUGGCUUGCUGAUUUAUUUGUGUUUGAGCUUGUUUUAUACCUUGAGGACUUAAUUGGAUGUGCUGCCCUGGUAUUCAACAGGUUAGGGAGCACAGAAGAAGAAAAAAAUACAAAGUGCAAUUUGUGUUGCAGCUAUUGUUUUAAUGCGUGAGAAGAAAAUACAUUUCACAUUGUUUUGGAAACUCAGUAGAUGUGAACAUAAUUCUGGUGGUUCUUGGGGUUUGACUUAACUGUUUAACUGACUUAUUAUUAUUAUUAUUAUUAUUAGUAGUAGUAGUAGUAGUCGUGUCAGUGUAACAUUACACUGGGGGGGCAUCUGCUGGAAAUAAGCUUGUGUGUUUGCCACUUGUAGUAGGACAUAUUGCACCAUCUAGUGUUCACAUAGGCGCUUACCUGGUUCAUGCACUAUAUAAUAUUGUGCUUCUUCAGUACAAAUGUAUUGAGUGAAGCAGCUCUGGGAUUAAGUCACACUGCAGUAGAAAACCCCUGCACUCGCUCAAAACUAAGGAUUCUAGUUCCUCAGAGAUGAACUCCUCCUUAAUUUCCCACAGUCACAGUGCUCCCUCAAACUAAAAAGGUUAACGAAAGGGAAGGGAUCAUUUCAUAAAUUGUGUUGUAUUUGGCAAACUAGCCGACGGUCGUAAUAUCCAGAAAGCUGUGAUUGCCUGUGACAUUGAUGCACUAAAACUAGGGACAUCCAAGCACUUAAUUUGUGAGGAAUACAUGCGUUUUCUAGUCGUUUAGUUUUGCCACAUCUGUUUGCUUGAGUUGUUUCUCACAAACUGCACAGUCAUCCAACAGUGCUACUUUCUCUGUAAAAACUAGUUGUACAAAACAAAAAUCACUUCUCCUCUGUUACUCGAUUAACCUUGUUUACCGUGUGCCUUGCUUGACAUGGGUGGGGCACUCCAUGUUGUGAGAACAUAAUGAAAAAUGUGUGUGUGUGUGUGUGUUUUUAAUUUUUCUGUCAAAUAUUUUUCACUUUGAACAGCUUUAAAAGUUCUGAGUGACUGAGGUGAAAGCUUGUUUUCAUUGAUAGAUGCUGGUUUUCUGUUUUGAACAUACGAGUAUGUGUUCACCCACUGAUUAAAGUUUGUUUGCAAAGUUA